AUGAGUUAAGAAGUUUAGAAAGAGGAGGAAAAAGAGAAUCAAACUACUGCUGCUUACAAAGUCUAUGAAAAUGUCAUUAUUUUUAAGGAUCUUUAAAUCAAUAUGGAUGAAACUCUGAAGAAAUAUCAAGAGGAGUAGAUCGGACCGGAUAUAUUAAAGUAUAAUGUCAUUUCAUUACCGGAUAAUGAAAAAAUCUAGGAUGAUUCAAAAUUGAAAAUAUUUUGUGAAGAAAGAGAUUUCAAUGGAUUUUUAUAGAAUAAAGAUAAACAAGUUUAACUCAAUAGAUUCUCCAUGAAAUCUCCAAAGCCAGAAUUAAGUUAGAUUAAGAAACUUCUUUUAUCAAUGCAUGUUGGAGAGGAAUCAUGGUUCAAGAUUAGCAAUUUUCAAACUUAGAAUGAACUCUUGAAUGAGAACGAUAAAUAAACAACUGUUAUUAGAUAUUUUAGAAUAAAAGUAGUAGAACAAUAAUUAAUUGAAAAACCUUUAGAUUUAACAACCUUAGAAAAUCGUUUUCUUUAAUUUGAAAAAUUCAGGAAGGAUGGAAAUAAGCUAUUUAAUAACAGUUUAUUUGAAAAUGCCAUUAAAAAGUACCAAAAGGGAAUCAACUUUAUGGAAGCAUGGCCUAGAAUACACGAGUAGGAUCAAUAGGUCCAGUAAAAGAAGAAAUAUUAUUACUAAUUAUUCUGUAGCAAUAUGGCUCAAUCAUAUAUACUAUUAAAGGAAUAUGAAAAGGCCAUUAUGAUUUUGGAGGAUAUUAUUCCUUAAUGCAGAGGAAAUGAGUUCGAAAUUAAAAGUUAUUACAGAAUAAUCGUAUGUUACAUGAAAACAAGGGAUUUUGACAAGGCAGAACGAUACUUACGAGAAGUUAAACAUGUGUGUUAAUUGGAUGUUGGUUAAUCGCAACUUUUUAAUUGGUUGGAAAAUGAAUGCAAACCAUUGAAAAAAGUGAAAAUUUGAGAUUUUUAAAUUAGAUUAUAUACUGUAUAAAUAAUUAAUAGUAAA